AUGGCAAAAUCGAUAAUUAAAAAACAAUAUUUAUAUGAAUAUCUGGCUGUGAUAGCAGUAUCUCUACUUUUUCUUGUGUUGGGCCUAUUUUUGGGAGGACUAAGUCCGAUAAUAGUGGUACUCAAAGAGGAAGGAUUCCAUGAAAUACCACCAAUUUCAGAUUCAAUCGCUUCCUGGAUGAUGAACGCAUUGAAUAUUGGCGUGAUUCCAGGUGCACUGAUCUCAUCGUAUGGGAGCGAUAUUUUUGGAAGAAAAUACGCCAUGUUAUCCACCAUAAUCCCUCAAUUGUUGUCCCAUAUACUUUUAUACUUCGCAACAAAUAUUUGGAUGGUAUAUAGUUCAUUUUUUAUGCGUGGUAUCGUUUUAGCAAUGACAUUUGCUUUAGUUCCAAGUUAUAUUAGUGAAGUUGCAUCGGCUAAAAUACGUGGACCAUGUGCAACAUUUGGACCAAUUCUGCUACCAAUUGGUGGUCUUUUUGGUGGAACAUUACAAGCGGCGCUAUCAAUUCCAUUAGCAACAAUUAUAGCUGGAAUUCUAGGAAUAUGUUGCGUACCAAUUCUGUGCUUUAUUCCUGAAUCUCCAUAUUUUUAUGUGGCAAAACAACGGAACGAUGAGGGUAAACGAAUUUUACGAAAAUUGCGUCAAACGGAAAAUGUUGAUAAAGAAUUUUUAGAAAUUCAAUCAGCAUUAAUGGAAGUGCAAAAACAAAAAAAUGUUAGCUGGUCUGAAUUAUUUACGAAUAAAUUUAAUUUACGAAUUUUACUCAUUUGUGGUGGAGUUCAACUCGUACAGCAAAUUACUGGUUAUUUACCGCUAACAGGAUUUUCGGCUAAUAUAGUCACAGAGGCGGGACUUAAUUUAUCGCUUGUAGUUGUAACAAUAAUCAUAAAUGUUUCGAAUGUUGGUACUACAAUUGUAUCAAUUUUUUUUGUUGAUUCAUUAGGCCGAAGAUUACAAUUUAUGGUUGACUGUACAAUGGUCAUUUUAGGCCUUGCUACACUUGGAGCUGGCUAUUUCUUUGAACAUUACUACACAUCAAUUGCAUUUGGAAUUCUUAAACUUGUUGGGAUCUUAUUGUUUUUAAAUGCUUACUCAUUUGGUUUUAGUUUCUUACCAAACUUAUUAUCCGCCGAAUUAUUUCCAACGGAUAUUAAAGCUAAAGGUGUAUCAUUAUUAAUGGCCGUACAAGCUGUGGAAGGUUUCAUUGUUUCUAUGUUGUAUAACAAAUUAUUUUUAAUUGCUGAUUAUUUACCAUUUUGGGUGUUUUGUAUUUUUACAAUAAUUGGAUUAAUUUUUGGAUACUUUUUCAUACCAGAAACGAAACACAAAACAUUAGCUGAAAUACAAAAGGAAUUUAACAUAAAUCCGUAAUCGUUCUUUGUAGAAUAACAUCGCGUAAAACGUGAAUUAGAAAACGACGUUAUAGAGAAUCGGGAGAACACUUGUGAUUUUGAAUAAAAAUAGGCACAAGAUUGAAUAGAAAGAGAAUAUCUUCGUGUGGUUCAGAAUUUUUAAACUUACAGUUACUACAAGCACUAGGACAUGAAGGCUUGAACAAGAGAUUUAGUUCACUUCUUAUAUUUUUUAAUCCGUAGAAUAGAUUUUUGUCUGGAUAAAAUCAUCAAAAAUUAAUUUUACGAGUCAAGAAACCGAAAAUAAUUUGAAUAUUUUAUUUUGUUAAUACCUGCUAGGAAAAUGCAGCGCUAUCAAUUCUU